AUGGCUUCCACAUCCCCAAACUGCUUGUUUUACUUCUGCUCCCCUUCUUCAAUAUCCAACCCAACCUCAACCUCAACCACACAAUUGCCCUUAUCUUAUUCUCACUCUAUCUUUAAUGGGUGCAAUGGGAUUUCAGUCACCAAAGCUUGGCCUUCUAGCUCAUCAAGAAUUUGUGCCAAGUUUGAACAGUUCCAAGGUGAGCCUCCCCAGGACAAUCUUGAAGAUACAACACCACCAACCCUAGAAGCAUUUGAAGAAGAUGGUGAACAGGAGGAAGAAGAUGACAGCUGCUUGCCUUCUGACUUGGAGGGUGCAGUCCGGCAAUCGGGUGAAGCAAGUGCAACAUUUGUGUCUUCAGGAGGAUUGAGAGCCAUAGUUGAGCUUUUAAUCCCCCAGCUGCAAUUUCUUGAUGAAGAAGGUGCACAAGCUGAGCUCUGGGAAUUGUCAAGGGUUUUCUUGGAUACGCUUAUUGAAGAAACUGGUGGUCAGAGAGUUAAAGCCAUAUUUCCUGAUGCUGGUGCCGCAGCACUUCUAAAAUACCGGUGGAAAGAUGCUGCUUUUGGAUUCUCCAGCUUAAGUGACCGAAAGCCGGUACAGAGUGAAGAUGAGAUUGUGGUUAUGGUUGUUCCUGAUUAUCAGAUGUUGGAAUAUGUAGAGAAGCUUGCAUCUGCUCUCUCAGAUGAUCCGCCAAGGCCUCUCAUCAUGUGGAAUCCUCGUCUCAUCAGUGAGGAUGUUGGAGUUGGAUUUAAUGUUCGAAAGCUCAGGCGGUACUUUCUGAGCACUUUUACAACGGUGUACUCAAUGAGGCCUAUGCAGUCUGGUGCUGUCUUUAGGUGCUAUCCAGGGUCAUGGAAGGUGUUCUAUGAUGACAAGGAUAGACCAAACAGAUAUCUGCUUGCCAAAGAGCUCAUUAGGCGCCCGGAUGCCGAAGAACUUGAGAUGAUAUUUGGAAAUGUAGACGAGAAGUCAGAGCAGGGCCAAUCUUUGUUUGAUCAAGCGGCAGGGAUCUUCUCUUCACUAAAUCGAUUUAUGAGGGUCAUUUCAAGAUAG